UUCUGUAUAUAGAGGCAGCUGGCGUGUAUUUAAGCCGAGUUGCAAUGAUUUGGGACCUUUCAUCACGGCAUAGCGCCUUUAUAAAUACAAGUUGUUGUUGCAUUUUUAUUUAGCUUCCGGUGGGUAAAUUUGGAGCACGGGUUGAAUUCGGAACUUGCAUAACGCCCUGACAUGAAGGGAGCAGUUGAUUGAGGAGGAAGGACAGAAGCCGGGUGGACAUGUCUCUUUACAGGAACAGCGUGUGGUUUAUAAAAGGUUUGCGAGAGUAUACAAAAAGUGGAUAUGAAGCUGCAGCACAACAAUUUGCUCCAAAGGAGCUGGAUGUUGAUGUGUCGGGAAGGUGCUUCCUGAUCACUGGAGCAAACAGUGGGAUUGGCAAGGCCACAGCACUGGAAAUUGCGAAACGGGGGGGAAUCGUUCACCUUGUUUGUCGAAACAAAGAGCGAGCUGAAGCGGCCAAAGCUGAGAUUGUGAACGAAACCAAUAAUAAGGAAGUUUAUGUCCAUAUUCUUGACAUGUCAAGGCCCAAGAUGAUCUGGGAGUUUGCAGAUAAAUUCCAACAAGCAAAUGACAAACUGAAUGUUUUGAUUAAUAAUGCGGGGUGUAUGAUCAAUCGGAGAGAGCUGACUGAAGAUCAAUUAGAAACUAACUUUGCUACAAAUACCUUGGGUACAUACAUUCUCACUACUGCUUUGGUACCUCUACUAGAAAAAUGUGAAGAUGCCAGAGUGAUCACAGUAUCGUCAGGAGGAAUGUUGGUCCAAAAACUAAAUGUGGAUGAUUUGCAGUUUGAGAAAGGGAGGUUUGAUGGCACCAUGGCCUACGCACAGAACAAGCGGCAACAAGUGACUAUGACUGAGCAAUGGGCCAAAAUACAUAAGAACAUCCACUUCUCCUGCAUGCAUCCUGGCUGGGCUGAUACAGAAGCCGUGAGAUCUUCCAUGCCUGAUUUCUAUGCAAUGAUGAAGAACAGGCUGAGGACUGCGACGCAGGGGGCAGAUACAUUGGUGUGGCUUGCUAUCUCCACCACUGGAACACAACAACCCAGUGGUCUCUAUUUCCAGGAUCGGAAACCUGUGUCAACUCAUCUUCUUUUGGCACAAACAAGAGCAACAGCUGUAGAGGAGGAGAAACUCAUGAAAAGCCUGGAGGAAAAAGCAACAAACCAUAAACCUAGCACUACCUGAUAACUGGCAGUGUGAAGGCAAAUACUUGAGGAUGUUACUAAGGUGUUGUGAAUGCAAAUCUUUCCCUAUAGUCCUUCAAUCAAGAGUCUUGUUUUUGUUAUUCAUUGGGCAAUCUCUUCCAUAAUGGGGAGAGCCAACACAGAUUGGGUGAUCACAAGUUCAACAUUUGUAUGUCACCAAGUGAUCUCCCAGUUACUGACCAUUUAAUCUCCCCCACCUAUUAAUCAUUUAACUUCCAACUGUUGUAAGAUGUGUGUAGUUCGGUCGGUCUCACGAAACAGUUCUGAGUCUUGUAUAGUUUAACAGUAAGUGCUUAUUAACUACUCAACUAUAUACAUACAGUAUAAGAUCUAAGAUAGGAACUAUCUCUACACGUGCCUCUACACCCAUCUCUGUCCAGUACAAGACUACCCUCCAAACCUGGGUCAUGUGUUCCUUUACAUCACACUGUGGGUGGUUGCUACAGUCCUUGAUCAGACCCCAGGACAUGGGGGAAGAUAGAGACCAAUGUUUUGUUUAAAAUGUUGAGAUUCAAGACACCUGCUUUUAGAAUAAAGUCAGAAGAUUCCACAGGUUUCAAACGAACAAAAAAAACCAAAACUUUACAAGUUCAGAAAAAUAAGAAUUAACAAUGUGUAUCUUGUACUCUAACAUUGACGGUAAGGAUGAGGUACAUCUGCAUUAACAGAUGAACUGUGGUUGAACACACCACGUUACAGAGUAAAUGACAGAUGCAAGGCAGAGUCCGUAGAUUUCUCAAGAACCCACUCAGACAUCAGUAAACACCAAGUCAAACAAUCUCAUUGAAACUGUUUCACAAGGGAUUCCCAGCUUCACCUUUGAAGAUCUCUCCUUGGAAUUCUCUCAAAGUCGCUCCUGCUCAGAUAGCUUUAACAAUGGCCCAUGUCAUUGAAAUUCCUUCACCCUGGAUUCUCAAGUCUGCACUUCAGCCUCUAUUUACUGGUAUAAUUUCAGCUCUUUGCUAGACAGUUAGUUUCACUAAGCUGACACUACCCCAAGGUUCUCCAAGCUCCUGGCUGUAUCCAGCUGGAUAACUCCCAAGACUUCCUCUGAGCCCUCCUUCGAUUACCAGGGCUUCCUCCCCGCCACUGCUCCAGAAACCAACUGUGUCAAGAAGAGCUGUUCGUUGACCCUUGAACUGAUCUGGGGACAUAUCAAAGCAAUCCCAGAGGGUCCCAUCUUUGUUACUAGGCAAGAACCAAUGUAACAAGCAUUGGAAGAUCCUGUACUUUAAAUGUUACAAUCUCCACAGACUGCUGAUUUAUUACCAGGGACACGCAGAUCAAUGGAUUUCAUGACAGCGAUACUGUACCUAGACCCACAUUAACCCUUCUAUGUCAGACCCUUAUACUAUACCUUCCCCGCCAAUUCUUAAAUUACUUCUACUCCUUUCUUCCCACUUCCCCUUUAAGUCUUUACAACCGUUGGAGGAAUGGUAGGUUUUGAUGUACUGGAUAAACUUUGAUGAACAGGAGGUUGUUUUGGAUGUGGUCAUUCUUUUUCAUUCUUUAGAGUUGAAUCAUUCCUUCUCCACUCCCCAUCUAGUGUUAUCGAUGGUCAUUGGUUUAUCCCAUUCCUCACAGGGAGAACAAACUUAAAAUGGCAAUUCUCACUGCUGCUGACUUCAAAGCUCAUUCUACCCAAGAACUUAAGUUUUUUAGCUCACCCCUGCUGGGUCUUCUGACUCUGCACUCUUUGGGUACUAAAACUGGACUUCCCUGGGAUUCAGUGGAGUCUUAUGCUGCUGUGUAAAAUUUUAUUUCUGCCUUCUGCUUCGGAGAUUUUCUCUGGUGCUACUCUUUUAAACUUCCAGGUUUUAAAUUUCUCCUCCAGCUUCUGGAUUGUUCUGAUUGCUGCUACUGUGGGUGACACCGUAUCCAGUCCCAUGUUAACCCUUUCAAAGCCAGACCCUUAUACUGCACCAACCACAGUUCAGUGUAGUCAGGAACAGUAGUUUAUCUUCAUUCUUUGCCACCUGCAGCACCUUAAGCUGAGCUCUGAUGAGAAAUAUCAGUUUUUAGCUCUUUACCUCCAUUUUCCUUUCUGCUUCUCCCUGAGCCUCCUUCCAUCAUCUUUACUUCAAUUUGAAGUUGCUUUUACCCUCAUCUCAUGGUUUUCCAUUGCUUGAGCUGCUCUUUGCAUUCAUCCAGCACCUUUUUAACUCAUUUCCAGCUUUCUGAACUUCACACUGGCUGUUAAAGCCUUCAACUGCAGGUUUUUACAUUUGGUAUAUCUGUACUCUUGUCCUUAACCCUUCAUUACAUUCAGUCCUAAAAGGGGAUUUAACUACUUUCCAGUUCCAAUAGAGAAUCAAAAACCAAAAUAUUAAUCUAUAUUCCCUCCAAAUGCAGACGGAUCCAUUGCAUAUUUCCCAAUUGUUCUAGUUUGUCCACAUUGCUAGUUAUUUAAAAAAUCUAAUUUAUUUUUCCUAGAUUAGCUAUUAAAUAUUUAAAAUGCCUCCUAGAUAUUGGUCUAACUGCUUUGUCUUCACGCAACCAAUAAAAUAUCAGCAUUUUUACCACUA